AUGGUAACAAAGUUGGGCAUGUUUUGUCAAAGAGUGCCACUCUCGGAUGGAGCGACCGACGUCGUCGGGACAUCGGUCGGGAUCUCAGUGCUCUGUGCCGACAGUUGUGAGUGGCGUGCGCUGGGCGGGACUGGUUCCUCAACGGAAGUUGAUAAAGUUGACAACCGGCCCACUUCCGGUCGAUGUUGGCCCUACACCGCCGGGCUAGACAGAUCGUCCAUCUCUGCAAAGCAGCCAGUCAGUCCUUUCCAAUACCAGAAGUUACUCGCUCUUGGUUUCCGGCCCAGUACGCUCUUGCUGGACCCGGACUGCGUGUAUGAUGCCACCUGCCACCGCGUCUGUAGUACGCAUGCACCGCGAUCCCGGAAGGAGAGCCCACAGAAACCGGACGCACCUAGCGGGAUCGUGGCACGGGGAGCUGUUGAUCCUCAGAUCCGGUCCAGCCCUCUUGGUUUCAGUGACGCGGCAACGCCGGAUGAUCUAGCUGGCCAGGACGCCAAUGUCAUGCGCAGUGACAACAUCGACCGGAUCGCUCCAAGUCUGCACAUUCGCAGUGACGACAUCGACCGGAUCGCCCCAAGUCUGCACAUGCACAGUGACAACAUCGACAGGACCGCCCCAAGUCUGCACAUGCGCAGUGACAACAUCGACCGGAUCGCCCCGAGUCUGCACAUGCGCAGUGACACACCACCUAGUCGUCCGAACACCGCAGUUUUCAGUUUCCGGAGCAACGAAAACGUGUCCCACUCGAAGCAACCAGCAUAUCCAGUAAUACUACUAUUACUGCGUCUACCGCUAUUGCUGCUGUUGCUGGUAUGACUACUACCCCUACUACAACCACUACUUAUAAAAUCACGAACAGGUGCAGUACCUAAUACAGACUCAACUCAACGUUCCGGUG